AGAUACAUGUAACAGGGCGCAAAUAUGACCGUUGCAGCCGCUCUCCUGGAGCCAACCAAUUUUCGGCAUGAUGUUACAGGUCGUUUGCAUACACUGGCUCCCUCUUUUGGUCAGCAGCUUGCUUGUUGACGACCGCAGCAACCAUGGCUGUCGGCAAAAACAAGCGCAUCAGCAAGGGGAAGAAGGGAGGCAAGAAGAAGGCCUCGGACCCCUUCGCCAAGAAGGACUGGUAUGACAUCAAGGCUCCCACCGUUUUCACGGUCCGCAAUGUGGGCAAGACCUUGGUGACCAGGACUCAGGGUACCAAGAUUGCGUCUGAGGCGCUGAAGGGCCGCGUGUUCGAGGUCUCCCUAGCCGACCUGCAGAAGAAUGAGGACGAUGCUUUCCGCAAGAUGCGCCUGCGCGUUGAGGACGUGCAGGGCCGCAACUGCCUCACUAACUUCUGGGGUAUGGACUUCACGACGGACAAGCUCCGCUCGCUGGUCCGCAAGUGGCAGACGCUGAUUGAGGCGCACGUGGACGUCAAGACCACAGACGGUUACACCCUCCGCGUGUUCUGCAUCUCGUUCACCAAGAAGCGCCAGGGCCAAAUUAAGCGUACUUGCUACGCCCAGAGCGCGCAGAUCCGCCAAAUCCGCAAGAAGAUGACGGAGAUCAUCACCCGCGAGGCGACCAGCUGCGACCUGAAGGACCUCGUGGCUAAGUUCAUCCCGGAGGCUAUCGGCAAGGACAUUGAGAAGUCGUGCCAGGGUAUCUACCCCCUUCAGAACACCUUCAUCCGUAAGGUGAAGGUGCUUAAGGCGCCCAAGUUUGACAUCACGAAGCUUAUGGAGGUGCACGGCGACUACUCGGAGGAGGUGGGCACCAAGCUCGACCGGCCGGCUGCCCCGGCGGGCGAGGAGGCCCCCGCCGCGUAAAGAGGCCCCCGCCCCGUCAGAGCAGCUGGGCGGGUUCUGCUGAGUGCCGCUGCUGCGCCCUGCUCGUCCUGGGCGGAGGUGGAGCUGGAGAACUGCAGUGGCUGGGCCAGCAGCGCAACUGGAUUGCUAUUGUAACGGGAUACGAGCCACGAUUUGACGCCGUUUAUGGGUUCAAAUUAUGCAACAUUGCCCAGGGG